AUGAGAAUUUCAAAAGUGUUUUAUUUUUUUAAUAUUUUUUUAGUUUCUCACUUGUUGAUGCCUCAUUUAUCAAAAAUAAUCCAUGAUACUAAAAAAGAAUUAGUUUCAUUAAAUGAUGUUGAACGUGAAUUAAAAAGAAAAGAGAAAAAAAAAAAAAUAAUUUUGUAUGCUACUUUAGCAACAGUAACGGCAGCUUUAUGUGCAGCUGUAGGAUUUGGAAUUUAUUUUCACAAAAAAAAAAAAGUUAAAAAGGAUUUAGAGGAUGAUAAAAAAAAAGGAAAUAAAUUACCUUUGAAGCCUUUUGAAAAAGAACCAAUAGAACAUGAAGACGAAGAAUAUGAGGAGGAUCCUAAACCUUCUCAUCCUUCUCAUCCUUCUCAUCCUUCUCAACCUUCUCAUCCUUCUCAUCCUUCUCAACCUUCUCAUCCUUCUCAUCCUUCUCAUCCUUCUCAUCCUUCUCAACCUUCUCAUCCUUCUCAUCCUUCUCAACCUUCUCAUCCUUCUCAACCUUCUCAACCCGCGAAAUUACCUGAAAAAGAACCUAAGAAAUCACAGAAACAUAUUAAACCUCUAACGGUUAAUGUAGAAACACAGACUUAUGAUCCCGACAUAAUUGGUGAUAAAGUUGAUAGUCUUUUUAAUAAAAAAGAUGGAUCUUUAGAAAUUAAUCCACAAACAAAACCUGAAGUACAGCCACAAAUUGAAGUACCAGGAGAAUUUGGACUAGUACCUUUUACAAAACCAUUAUCUGAAAAACCUGCAACCCUUAAAAUAUAUUUUCCUGAAGAAUCAUCUAAUGAAUUAUUUAAUCCCCUUAAAUCAAAUUUAAGCACAUUUCUAAAAUUUCCAUAUUUACAAACAUCUAAAAUUAUAGUACCCGAUAAAUCAUUGUUUUCUUCUUCUGAUGAUAAUCAAGAUAAAUUAGAAUCCACUGAGCCAAAAAAAAUACCACAAUCACAUCACUUGAAACAAUUCAAACAUAGUGAACCAACAAUUUCACAACCAAAAAAAAUACCACAAUUACAUCACUUGAAAGAGUUCAAACAUAGUGAACCAAAAAUUGAAGAAUCACCAAAAAUUGAUCCACUAGCAUAUCAAAAUAUAUCAUUAGAAGUCAGUGAACCAACAAUUGCAGAACCACCAAAAAAAAUACCACAAUUACAUCACUUGAAAGAGUUCAAACAUAGUGAACCAACAAUUUCACAACAACAGAAAAAAAGUCCUCAAUCACGUCACUUGAAAGAAUUCAAACUCAGUGGACCAAAAAUCAAAGAAGAAAUUGAAAUGGAUACAUUACCAUAUGACUAUAAAAAAUCAGAAUCCCCCAAAGAACUAAAACUCUUGCAAAAAUUAAAAACCUCUGAACAACAAAAAACAACUUCACAAUCAGAUCAGGAUAAAAUAUUAGGACCCAGUGUUAAACCAAAAAUGAUUUCUCAAUCAAGUCAUUCUAAAAUAGCAAGUCCACCCAGUGGUAUAUCAAAUGUUAUUUCACUAUCAUCAUAUCAACCUAAAACACAAAAAGCCACUGAUAAACCAGAGGGUUUCUUUGAAGACUCAUCUUCAGAACCUAAGCCUCUUCCACCUUUUAAAAACAUAAGAAUGUCGUCUCCUACUCCAUUUAAACAACCAAAAACUAUUAAAUUUUCUCCAAUGAAGAAAUCAGCUUCAAGUGCAAGUAUUGUUACUUCUAAACCUCAAUUAAAAGAAGGUAUAGUAUUUGCAUCUACAAAAGAACACGCAGAUACUAGUAAAACGGAAGGCAAAAGUCAUAAAGCAAGUAGUAAAUCAUUUGUGGAUAGUACCUCACCCAUUGCGCAAAGCUCAAGUGUUGAAAAAGCUAUGACUAGUGAAAAAACUUCGUCUCAAAGUUCAUCGAGUACACAUAAGGGUGAUGAAUCAAGUUCUUAA